AUGGCCACCGGCGAUUUCACCUGCUCCAAGGGCAUCACCUUUUGGACUUGUGGCACCCACGACAGUGACUUUCGCGGGUGCUGCUCAGUCGACCCGUGCAAUCUGCCGACGUGCCCUGAUGAUGCGAAAAUCCGAAAGCCGGACAGCAGCAGCUCCAGCUCCAGCUCCAGCUCCAGCUCCAGCAUCAUCGGCUCCAGCUCCAGCACCGGCACGACCUCCUCCGCAAGAAAAGACUCGGGCAUAACUCAUACCAUACCCAACAGCUCCGUCGUCACCGUCACGAAGCACACGGUCCUCUUCUCCGAGGCGCCCUCGCCGACGCCAACGCCGACUACAGAGGCGUUGACGGACUCCAUCACAACCUCCCAACGGCCGGCGGCAACGGUCACCUUGGAUCUUCCCACCACUGCCUCUAGGGCUCCCUUUGACGGCGGCCACGAGGGCGUCAGGUUCUCGAUGGGGGCCACCGUUGGCGUGGCUCUCGGCGGUGCCAUGGUCGUCGCCAUCAUCGUCGCCGUCAUCUUCGCCUGCCGUCGUCGACGACACAAACGGGCCGCGGAAUCCCAAGACGCAGAAUUCGACGACGGCGAGAAUAUCAUCCCCGGCAGAGGAGGCGAACAAGAAGCGGAGAAGCAGCAGCCCAUGUCGGCCCACACGACCGGCACCCAGGCCAGCGGUGACCCCUUCGCACCAUUUGGAGGACGUGCCGACAGGCCCCAAGACCAGCAUCCUUCCGCCACCGGAACCUUUGAGAUGGAUGGGACGAGCGCGCCGCCAGCCGAGAUGGACGGCGCAGGCAUCCCGCCCGUCGAGCUGCCCGCUGAGCCUGCGAGCAUGGCCAGCCGUCCCACCACGCCGCUGCCCAAGCUACAUGCCCUGCAUGUCGUGCCGGAGACGGGGAUGACGAACCCGGAGGCGAACCUCAACACCCUCCGAACCGACAGCGGCCACGUCGCCUACGUGAAUCAUUGGAAUCAGUGGCGGGCCCUGGGCAACGGCGCCAUCGGAUCCUGA